AUGUCAUCAAGGAGUAUUAAAGCAAGUAAGAAUUUAGGAUAUGCUUCAGACAGAGCAAGUAAUAUCCAGAUUCUGCAGUCCAGUGUCAAAUGGCACCGUGUGGCACAAACAGCUAACAGCCUAUGGGAUGCUUACUCAGGCCUGUUAAGUGGCCAAGCCAUAAUCUUGGCCAUGAACUCCAGCUUUGUAGAUCCCUUAUUGCAGUUUGAAUCCCAAUUGAAAAUAAUAGAGUCAUCCUUUAAAAUGUUGUUUGCUAUACCAAGUCGUGACAAAGUGAAAGAAAUUGGAAAGAACGAAGAUGACCAAGAAGACCUCGAUAAUUUAUACCAAAAUAUUUUUAACAUAUUUGAGGACACUCUUCUGAUCUUAGUGUCUAAAGACCUCUACAAACUGCAAAUCUUAAAGGAAAUGGCUGUGUGGAUGAAUGAAGAUAGUCUGUACAUGCAGGACAGAGUCGUGACUAUCAUCAACAGAGUGCUAAGUUUUGCAUCCAGGAAAGUCAGGGGAUAUGCAAGUGUGGAUGCUCCAUGUUUGGGUGUCUUGGCAGCAGAACUGUCUCUUUUGUGUUCCCAUACUGAUCCUUCAAUCACACAACAAGCAUUCUCAGGAAUGUCCCACCUCCUCUGUAUUGCAAAAUGUCAGAAUGUGGAUAUUACAAAAAAUAAAAAUACAAAGAAUGAUAGGCCUGGAAGUCAUUGCCUUCUACCUGCUCCCUCUGAUAUAGAAUUUCUACCCAAGAUCUUACAAAGAGACAAAAGUAAAAUUGCUCAGAUCGUGGGACAAACCUUAUUGCCACCCUUGCUAACUGACUUUGUGUGGAGUCUCCUGAUGAGACUCUCUGCCACUGAUCAUAAAACUGCAUCUGAGGCAGCAAUCAUGCUGAAAUUGACUCUGGAAUAUCAUGCCCAUAAGAUCACCAUGGUGUCUAAAAUUGUGGAUGCUAUUUAUAAGAAAUUGUAUGGGAAUGCUUCUCAGAUUAUGAAACAAACUAUGCUGAGGGUCAUCACCUUGUUGACACGUACUUCACCAAAGAAGGUUAUCUUUCAACUUAUGGAUUAUCCAGUCCCAGCAGACAACACUUUGAUACUGAUGUGGCAUGCAGCUGGCUCUGAGGCAAGUGUGGCCCCUCAUGUGCUGAAGACAAUUUUAUUGAUACUGAAAGGAAAGCCUGGGGAAAUGGAGGAAAGAAUAAUGGAAAGAAGACGUUUUUCUCUUGAUGCAACUAAUAUGAUGCCUGUGGCGGCAUCCCAGGCCCUGUGCACAUUGCUGCCUGUUGGUUCUUACAAGAAAGCAGUGGCCCAGUUUUUCCCCCAGCUCUUAAUGGCCCUCAUGCUUCAACUGUUUUACAGCAGCAACCUGAGACUGAUGACAGAGGACAGGCCUUUCUAUGCCCGAGAUGCCCUGCGAGUUCUGCUGAAUUGUUCUGGACUGCAACAGGUGGACACUGCUCUAAAGAGGAAGAAUUGCUGGAACCAAUUUUCCCAAGUACUGUUUCACCAUCACGGAGUCUACCUUAUUGCCAAAACUCUCAGUGAAUAUAACUUUCCACAGUUUCCAGAGACUUUGCAUUAUCUCUACAAGCUCUCUGUGGAAGGUCCUAGAAGAUCAGAAGACAGUGUCAUCACAAUAAUAUUCCUCACUGAACUUCUCAAUAAUUUCUUCAAGGACCCAUUCCCAGAAGAAUUUUUGGUUCUCUUCAGAAAUUGGGUCAAUGACUCUGAUCCUGCAGUUUGCAAACUGAGUCUUCAGAAAAUUGGCAGCAUGGCACCAGUUAUCAAUGAGAUAGAAAAUUCCUGCAGCUUAUUAAUAUCCAUCUUGGAUGCUCUCCUUUCCAAAGACAAGACUGUUGUAAUUCGGGCCUUGAUGACACUUCGAAGACUUUUAGGCAAACUGGACAAAGUGACCUACUCUUCUCUGUGUACCAGAAUAGCUUUAAGCUACUGUCCUCUUAUGGAUCAUAGUAACGGAGGCAUUCGGAGUAUGGCCAUUCGACACUUUGGUGAGUUACUUAGAGACAUGAGUCAGUACACAUGGAUGCUGAAUGAUGUAGUUCUUGGAGGCUUGGUACCUCUGAUCCUGUUUUUGGAAGAUACAGAGGCAAGAGUAGUUAAAGCAUGUAAACAUACAUUAGAAAUCUGUGCCUCAGAAUUAAAAUGGUCAACAUCAUAUUUGCUCAAGGAUGAAUAUUACAAUUUUGAGCUGGUAGUACUCAACAUUUGUAACAAUCUUCUCAUUUCUCAUGUGAACUACAUUACAGAUUUGAUAUCUGAUACCUUAGGGUUCCUAGGGAGCUCCAGACCAUAUCUGAAGAGAGCAUCAGUUAUUUUAAUAGGGUACUUGGCAAAAUUGGGUGGCCAUUUACUGCUCACAGAUGAAAUUGAAGUCAUGAUUGAGGCUAUUGAUCGUGUGCUUCGGGAUGAAGAUCCUACAAUCAGGGAGUUGGCAGGAAUAACACAAAAACUUUUUAAGGAAAUAGCCCAUAGACUGACCUCCUCAAAUAUUAAACUAAGCUUCCGAAGAUUGUUUAACUUCAUCUACAUCAAAAAAUUGAAGCCUCUUUAUAAUUACAACCUGCCCAAGGACCUGACAGGCAGUCCUAUGGAGAUUAAAGAAACCAAGAAUGAUAACGAAACCUUUAUAGAGGAUAAUUAUGAAGAUGAAUUGGUAAAGAAUGAAGACAUAUCAAUAAAUAAUGGGAGGUUCUUCUGUCUCUUGGAAUACCCUUCAGAAAAGGAAUGA